AGUCAGUAUUUAAUGAUUGGUUAAUUUAUAUUUUUCAUACGAACGGUGAAUUGCAGUAAAUCAUUAAUAAAUAAUACGAUAUUGAUUUUCUGAUUUUUUUUUUUAGUGAAAAUUUCAUACUCAUGUUAUCUGUGACAUUAUAUUGUAUUUAAACAAAUAUAGCUUAUAGGUUAUGGAGAAUUUCUAUACAACUUUGCUUUUAUAAUUUGUUUCUGGAAUACCAGGGACGAUUAAUAACCUCUAUUAUAAUAUGACGUUCGUUUGUAAAGUACGUGGUUGUUUAUCAGAUCAAAAUACGAAGAUCGAUGGUCGAGAAAUAUCCUUAUUCGCGUUUCCUGAAGAUGACACGAGACGUCAGCAAUGGAUGAAAAAUUGUAAAUUAGUUCUUGAUCCUUGCAGUGAAAAUGAUUCUUUAUAUAUUUGUGAAUUACAUUUCGAAAAAAGUUAUUUUACUACAUCCAAUGAGUUGAAAACAAACGCAAUACCAACUAUUUUUCGCAAUGGCGAAGAUCUACAAAGAAAAAGAAAGGCUGAGAAUAAUGAACAGGUGGAGUCUUUAAAGAUUUUACCAUCGAAGCAAAAAAAUUUGGAUGAAGAUUCUCAUAGUUUGGUAACACCACCGCAAAGCCCAUUUACACAAUUGGGAGAGACUGUUGAAGAAUCAAGCUUAGAAAAUAAAACGAAUUUGUUCAAAGAACUGGUAAAUGGUUCCGAUGCAACUACAUCCAUGCCAUAUAAAGAAAUAGAUAUUGGAAAAAAUAUAUAUCGUUUAACAAUACAGAUAGAAAAAAUACACGCAGAGCCGGAUUCAGACACUAAGGAGUCGAUAGUUUUAACUAAUCAGGAAGUAGAAGAUUCUGCAAUUUCGAAUAAUGAGGUGCUAAUAUUGAAGAAUGAACCAGAAUCUUCAGAAAUGAACAAUGAACCUCCGGCAGAAAAAAUGGUAAAAAUUAAUAAAGUAAAAAAACCAUCAUGUUUGAAAGGAGGCUGCAAAUUAAAAAAGGUCGUGUAUGAAAUGAAGCCAGCAUUCCAAUGCGAGCAAUGUAACAAAUAUUAUGUCAUGAAGAAAUAUAACGCGCAGAUAGAGAAAACCAAUAUUUGUACCGUAUGUCAGAAGUCUUAUGCUUCGCCACAAUCGCUGUAUCUUCAUAUUAAAAAACAUUUUAUUUGUGAUAUGUGCCAGACCGAAUGCAAUUCGCGAUUGUCAUUUGAUAUACAUGUUAAGUCACAUGUAAACACUGAUCCUUUAUUUCCCUAUAAAUGUCACAGAUGUAUUGAAAUAUUUGAUACCAAAGAGGAAAUAAGGAAUCACUACAUUCUUAUGCAUCCUUCGAUAAAAUUCGAAGGUAUUGGUAGAGCAAAAAUAUCGCCUGUAAUUCAAUUAACUCAACAAGAAUAUCUAUGUCCGACAUGUAACAUUACUUUUAGAAACGAGCAUGCAUAUAGAAAUCAUAUUAAUUGUCAUACACAGAAAGAAGGGAUACGUUGCAACAUCGCUGAACCAAGUAACAUAAUCUCUGUACCAACACCAAUAACUGGCGGUCAAAUAGGCAUUUUGCGAGCAGUGACAUUCAGUUGUAGAGUAUGUUCGAAAGAAUUUGAUAACGUUGCUGAAGUCGAUCAACACACGAGAACUCAUCUGGAGAAUGCGGAAGAACAUAAGUGUAAUAUUUGCAAGAAAAUGUUUAAAACGAAUAUGCUGCUAAACGAACAUUUGAAGCACCAUCUAUCGCGUGCACAUCCAUGUCCCAUAUGUCCUAAAGCAUUUAUCAAUAGAACUACUUUGAAAAUACAUUUGAAAACGCAUGGUGAUUCAUAAUUUAUAAUCGUUAUCUGUGGUUUUUCUCUCCCUAAAAUACUAAAGCUAAAUGAACUCUAAUUCAAGUAAACCUAGUGUAAACUGGUGUGAAUUAACGAUAGAAAUUAUUCAUUUGAUAGGUGUCUGUACAGUAAUGUCAUAAUUGUAGGUAUAUUUUAAUCAUAUGUUCAUAUAAUCCAUUAAAUAUUGUGUACAAAGUUUUUUAAUUGUUGAAUCGAUUUUACAAAUAUGCGGUGAUUACUAUUAUGCAUAUACAUACACACACACAGACAUACACAGCACACUAUGUAAAUAUAAAAUCGUAGAUAAUGGAUUCAACGGAUAGAUACUGUAAAUUUCAUUUGCGCGUCUGAUAAGAAGUUGAUUUAUUUAAUUAAAUUUUCUUCACUUCCAAAAAGAAGAAGUCGAUUGAAGUGAUACAACCUGCAUGAUCUGUUUCAUUACUACAUCCAUUAUACGAUAUAUCAUAUUUAUUCGUAAGAAUUGAAACAAAUACAUAUUUGUCAAUGUAAUUGAGAAACGAGAGACUUUGUGAGCGAGAAGAAUUUAAUGCAGAUUUAUUACUACAAUAAUAAAUGUUUGCUUCUUCCAUAAAUAUACAAGAAUAUAUACGAAAUCGGAGAGAUCGUUAAAAAGAUCCUUGGAAAGAUCUAACGUCUCGAUAAAACGUUCGAAUAUCGAAUGGAGUAGAGUCCAGAGAAUUUGCGAUUCUUUUUUGAAGAAAUAUUCGAAUGUCAACGAUGGAAAAAGAUAUAGUGUUCUGUUAGCGAAGAAGACGGCUGCUCGAUUGAACAAUAAUGUUACAAACAGAGCGGAAUACCUUUGAGAUCACCCCACUCCUUGACUCGACUACUAUGAAGAAUAAUACUGAUUUUACCCAAAGGACGUUCCAAAGAGAGUCACUGGGCGGGGAAACCAGAGCGAAAGAGGAAAAGAAGAACGAGCCGAACAAUCGUCGGCGGCUUUUUCAUUCUACGGGAACACUACUUCAAACGCGGAGCCGUCCUCUCAAUGUGUUUAUUUGCUCAACGUCAAAUUUACUUGUGGAAAAGAAGAAAGAUUUCGAAUCGAUCAGCCGUACUCCAUAUUUAUCUUCAAAAAACGAUAACUUUGAAGCAUCGCGUACAAAACGAUUUCGAAAACGUUUCGUUGAUUUUCCAAGGACGUAUAAUUAUGUAAGUACACGAUUAGUAAUACACGACGGUAAAUAUCACGUUCUUUUAUUGUUAUGUUCGUGAUUAUUCUAACGUUCUUGACUUUUUCUAUCGUUUUUCAUCGUUUUUAAGAAACAAUGUAAAUAUACCGUCGUUAUAUUCUCUCAUUUUAUAUCCGUUAUGUGCUUAGAGAAUUUACAAAAUAUUUCUAACAUUCCACGAUUUACGAUAUCUCCUUAUUACUUAGAAAUUUGUUUCCUUAGAGGAUUUCUGGUCUAUUCAUAUUUUUCCCAAAUUUAUAUUUCCUUAUCUUUUAGAAGAUUUUAUGUUUCUCUUCGAGAAAACGAUCUCUUCGAAAACGUCCUACGAUUUUUUCUUAAAAAAAAAAAAAAAAAAAAAAACAUCCAUGUAAAUACUGACUAGGACGAUAGAUAUCAAGAUGUAGUUCUCGUUCACUGUUGUAAUGUUUUUGACAUUGAUAUCAUUGUAAUAUUCUUGAGUUUUUGUGUUGUUUUGAAAACAAUGUAGAUCGUCAUUAUAUUCUCCAAUCAUUUAUAUAUUUCCUAAACAUUCAAAAUUCGUAAAGUGAAAUAUGGUAUAAUAAUAAAACGGUGUAAAAGUGUGUGUACUUAUGCAGGUAUAGAUAGCUACAUCUGCAGGAAUGUUGUAAGGAUAGAAAAUAUGUGUAUAGGAAAGAUAUAACAACGAGAUAAACUUCUCUCAUAUUAACAAUAUCAUUAAGUAUCUUUUAUAUUCGUAAUUUAUAUGUGUUUAGGUAUAAAGAAAAAUAUUGUGAAAAAUUUAGAUGUGUUAUAACUUCCAAUAAAACUGAAUCAGUUUUACGGUGUAUUA